CUGCUGAAAGAAAUAGCUAUACAAUUGUUCCUCUGGGUCAUGUCAGACUGAUACAUAAAAGGUUAGAUGAAACAUGGCCCUACCGAGCAAGAGAUACUGUCUCACAGUGUUAUCCUUCUGGCCACUGAUGCACCUGCUAGCACUCACGAUGCACUGCAUGUGUUGUUUCUGUGAGCAAGGUUUCUCAGUAAGCCUAUUUUACUCCAUCAGUGAAGCAGAGGGGCUGCCUUCCACGCAGAAGGGCUGUGGCUAUUGCAGUGACUACCGCAUUCAGAAGCGGCAGGAGAAAACAGCAACGGGUGAAGUUACCAGCACCUAAAACAGCAGGAUGAUUACUGUUCUCUCAUGCUGAUGUUGUAUUUGAGCUGGAGUAGGAUACUGACUGUCGUUUUGCUAUUGUAGAUGAGAAAUAAAGCAGAGCUGUAGAAUGAAUUAGUAGCUAACACCAUGAUUACUCUUAGCUGAUAGCACAAGUUGUAGGAGGGGCAAGAAAAAGCAGAAAAGGGAAGAAAAAAAAAAGAAACCUUUCAUGCUGCCUAGGGAAUACGGUGGAAUUUAGAACAGACACUGUUGCGGACUGACAGCAUGCCUGAUUGCACUUGAGUUGAAUCACUGCGAGGCAGACUCAUGUUUGUAUUGUACCGUUUUAAAGCUGAAGGAGGAACAACAGAAUAGUAAUGGAGUUGUGUACAGUUUUUUCUGCGUAAAUGGAAAAUACUAUGAAGAUGGUGGUAUGUAAUUUGUAUUUUAUUUUUAAGAAGGAUUUAAUCCAGACACUUCAAGAACCCAUGUGCGACAGAGUGAGAUUUCGCAAGAUGUACAAACCCCCUCCAGGAUUUGGUUUCAAACAAGCAGAUUUUUAAUUUUUUUUUUUCUGUCAAAUGAUGCCAGAGCAUCAGAGCACUUUAUAGUCUCUGUGGAUGAAAUAUUUCCUGAUGAUCCUGUUGGAGAUACAAACACUUGUCUGGAUCAAAAAUUGUGGUUUAUGGAAGCAGCCUAAUACAAAUUACACUCCAUGGUUUCUGCUCUCUUAAAAAACCUGAUCUCGUCUUACAUAUAUAAGCUUUGCAAAGGAAUGUUUACAAAGAAAUCGGGAAAUAGUACAAAAAGGAAAGAGAGUUGUCAAAGCAAAAAGGAACAAGACUUAACUCAGAUUGGGCAAACAAAGAAUCCAAAAUUUUCAAAUACUUUAAAGAGCACUGUGAAAAAGAUUGCCAAGUGUCCAUCUGCUCGCAACUUGUCAACUGAAGAAGAGGAAAGUAAUAGAGAAUUUUCACUUUCUCCAACAUUCAGUUACAGAGUUGCUAUUGCUAAUGGACUGCAAAAGCAUAUUUUUGUAAGAAACAGUAAUAGUGAAGAUAUAGUUCAAGAUCUGUCUUCAAAUGAUAGUUCAUAUUCUGAGUCACUAAGUGAAGGAAAAAGUAGCAGCAAGAAAAACGAAUACUUAUCACACACAAUGCCUGUGAGACGCAACAGAAAAAGCUUAAGCAGCCUGGCACCAUCUGAUGGAAGUUCAGAUGGAGAGCGCACUUUACACACACUGAAGCUGGGAGCUUUACGAAAACUGAGGAAAUGGAAGAAGAGUCAAGAAUGUGUCUCAUCUGACUCAGAAUUAAGUACAUGGAAGAAAACAUGGGGUUUAAGAAGUAAAUCUCUAGACAGAACUGGCCGUCACCAGAAAUCAAAUACUUUUGAACCUGGCUUUAGUUCAACAAGCUGUAUUAGCCAAACCCAUGAUGUUAUGGAAAUGAUCUUUAAAGAGCUUCAGGGAAUAAGUCAAAUUGAAACAGAACUGUCUGAAUUAAGAGGGCAUGUUAAUGCUCUGAAACAAUCAAUUGAUGAAAUUUCAAGUAGUGUAGAAGUUGUACAAAAUGAAAUUGAACAAUUGCGAACUGGAUUUGUACAGUCCAGAAGAGAAACUCGGGACAUACAUGAUUACAUUAAGCAGGUGGGCCAUCCAGGAAACAAAGCAAGUCUUAGGUUUCUAAAUGUGCCUGAAGAGAGGCUUGAAAAAACUGAAAGCAUAGUUUACAGAAUAUUAGUAGGUAAAAUGGGGUUCUCAGAGGCACAAAGCGCUAUUAAAAUUGAGUUUGCCCAAAGACUGGGGCAACAAAGGGACUGUCCAAAUGCAAAGCCAAGACCCAUUCUUGUUUACUUUGAGUCCUCACAACAAAGAGAUUUGAUUUUAAAAAAGUCAUAUAAACUUAAAGGAACUGGCAUUGGAAUUUCUACAGACAUAUUUUCCCAUGACAUAAAAGACAGAAAGGAAAGAGGAUUACCUUCCUCUCAGACAUAUGAGAGCAUGGAUAUGAAACUUCUAACUGUGGAUACAAAAACUAAAAUGCAUGACUGGGAGUCACCUGACAGUGAUAAAGACUUGGAAUCAGAUAUAAAUAAGAACAGUUAUGCAAGGAUAUCCAAAUCCGCAUUUCAAAUAAAAACGAGCACUACAAAGGGGAGUAUUGAGUCCCCAGAUACUAAAGACCUUAAUAGAACGGUUGACAAUAACACCUUUUCAAACAGAAGAAAUUAUGACAGUCAGUCACCAGAAUUUGACAACAUGGAAAAAGAGUCAAAGACCUAUUAUUCAGACAUGACUCCUCUAUGGCAUUUACACAAUGAUUUUGCGACACCAAAACUUAGCCGUUCAGAGUCAGAUUUCUCAAAAUUGUGUCAGUCUUACUCUGAGGAUUUUUCAGAAAAUCAGUAUUUUAGCAGAACAAAUGGCAGUUCAUUAUUGUCUUCCUCUGAUCGAGAACUCUGGCAGAGAAGGCAAGAUGAUUCUACAAACUGGUAUGGCAGUUCUCAGGAGCAGACUUUUGUCCAAGAUAUGCAACAGUAUCCAGACCAAAAUGAGGUGGGAAAUGUAGAAACUGUUGACAGUGGUCUAAGCAAUGGAAUAUGUGCAACGGGAGACAGAAGCCACUAUAGUGAUUCUCAGCUUGCUUUACAUGAUGAUCUUUCCCCAUGGAAAGACUGGAAUCAGUUGGAACAAGGGGCAAAUUUGGGCCUAGACUCAUCUGCACAGGAAGUUUUUGUGUAUGAUAUGAGCAGCCCUUCAGAUCAACAGACAGAUUUUGGAAAGUGCCAAAAUUCUGACCUCCAGUAUGAUACUGAAAGCUAUGAUUUUACUCUUGAUGGUACUUCUCCAUCAUGUCCAGGCCUUGACAGCGAAUCACAAAGUCAGUGGACUGCUCAAUAUGAUGAUUAUCAGGAAACAAAUUCCAUCUCGUCUUAUCAGAAUCAAAACAGAUUGCCUAUGAUGUACCGAAGUCAGAGUGAACUACAAAGUGAUGACUCGGAAGGAACAGCUCCUAAAUCAUGGCAUAGCCGAUUAAGCAUAGAUCUUUCUGAUAAGACUUUCAGCUUUCCUAAAUUUGGAUCUACACUUCAGCGAGCUAAGUCAGCUUUAGAAGUAGUCUGGAAUAAAAGUACACAAAGUUUAAGUGGGUAUGAAGACAGUGGAUCAUCUUUCAUGGGAAGGUUUAGAACUUUAUCUCAAUCUACUGCAAAUGAAUCGAGUACAACACUCGACUCUGAUGUUUAUGCUGAGCCUUAUUGUUACAAAGCAGGGUAUGGGGAAGACUUAAUUGAACCACCUGGUGAGAAUGAAACAGACUAUGUAGAAGUAAUGGAACAAGUCCUUGCUAAACUAGAAAAUAGAACUAACAGUAGUGAAACUAGUGAGCAGGUCCAAGAAUAUGAACCGGAGCAGCCUUCAUAUGAUACGCCAUAUGUAGUACUACCAGGGGAGCAAUAUGACACACUGUUUGAGAGUGUGGUCAGUGAAGAGAUAUUGGAAGUUGAAAAUGACAUGGCUGCUGACAUAGAAGUACGGGAAGAUGAAAAUCAGAAUGUCCCAGAGAUAGUUACUGAAGUGCCAAAGAAAAAAAGGAUACGACCAUCAUUUAAGGAAGCAGCUUUAAAAGCAUACAAGAAACAAAUGAGUGAUUUGGAAGAGAAGAUCCUUGCUGGAGAUAGCGUUUCUGUGGAUGAAAAGGCUCGGAUAGUAAGUGGAAGUUCCUUGGAUACUUCCAAGCUUUAUGCAGUCCAGGCAUUUAGUGGUGUUGGCCGUGGGCUGUAUGGAAUUGAUAGCAUGCCAGACCUACGCAGAAAGAAAUCUUUUCCCAUUGUUCGUGAUGUGACCCUUGCAGCUCGAAAAUCUGGCAUUUCCAUGGCAAUGCUCAUCCGGACCUCCAUAGACAAUGAUGAAAUGAAAAUACAUGUCUUCAAGAAGACGCUGCAGGCUUUGAUCUAUCCAAUAUCAUCAACUACACCUCAUAACUUUGAAGUCUGGACAGCUACAACUCCCACAUAUUGUUAUGAAUGUGAAGGUCUACUUUGGGGCAUAGCCAGGCAAGGCAUGAGAUGUACUGAAUGUGGUGUCAAAUGCCAUGAGAAGUGCCAAGACCUCCUAAAUGCUGACUGCCUGCAGAGAGCUGCUGAGAAGAGUUCCAAACAUGGUGCAGAAGAUAAAACACAGAACAUUAUCAGUGCUAUGAAGGAAAGAAUGAAGAUCAGAGAAAAGAAUAGACCAGAGGUGUUUGAAGUGAUCCAGGAGAUGUUUAAUAUUUCCAAAGAAGACUUUGUGCAAUAUACAAAAGCAGCAAAACAAAGUGUUUUGGAUGGCACGUCCAAGUGGUCAGCAAAAAUAACAAUCACAGUUCUUUGUGCUCAGGGCUUACAGGCUAAGGACAAAACUGGCUCAAGUGACCCAUAUGUUACUGUGCAAGUUGGCAAAACCAAGCGGAGAACAAAGACUAUCUUUGGAAACUUGAAUCCAGUAUGGGAUGAAAAAUUCUACUUUGAAUGCCAUAAUUCUACAGAUAGAAUCAAAGUGAGAGUAUGGGAUGAAGAUGAUGACAUAAAAUCUAGAGUAAAACAACAUUUCAAAAAGGAAUCAGACGACUUCCUCGGGCAAACAAUCAUUGAAGUAAGAACACUGAGUGGAGAAAUGGAUGUGUGGUAUAAUUUAGAAAAGCGAACAGAUAAAUCAGCUGUCUCUGGUGCCAUUAGAUUGAAAAUCAAUGUUGAAAUAGAAGGAGAGGAGAAAGUUGCUCCCUACCAUGUGCAGUACACCUGCCUACAUGAGAAUUUAUUCCAUUACUUGACGGAAGUUAAAUCUAAUGGUGUUGUAAAAAUCCCUGAAGUGAGAGGUGAUGAAGCCUGGAAGGUGUACUUUGAUGAUGCUGCACAAGAAAUUGUAGAUGAAUUUGCAAUGCGCUAUGGAAUUGAAUAUAUUUAUCAAGCUAUGACGCACUUUUCCUGUCUGUCUUCUAAAUAUAUGUGCCCUGGUGUUCCAGCAGUUAUGAGUACACUGCUGGCCAAUAUAAAUGCGUUUUAUGCUCAUACUACAGCAGCAACUAAUGUAUCUGCCUCAGAUCGGUUUGCUGCUACUAACUUUGGGAGGGAAAAGUUCAUAAAACUGCUGGAUCAAUUGCACAAUUCUCUGAGGAUUGAUUUGUCUAAAUACAGGGAUAAUUUUCCUGCCAGCAAUUCUGAAAGACUCCAAGAUCUGAAAUCAACUGUGGACCUACUUACAAGCAUUACUUUUUUUCGAAUGAAGGUACUUGAAUUGCAGAGUCCACCUCGAGCCAGUACUGUGGUGAAGGAUUGUGUAAGAGCCUGCCUGGACUCAACUUAUAAAUACAUUUUUGACAAUUGCUAUGAUCUGUACUCCCAGUUAGUGGAUCAGGGUAAGAAGCAAGAAGUUCCUAAAGAAGAACAGGGACCAACAACAAAGAAUUUGGAUUUCUGGGUGCAGCUUAUUACUCUGAUGAUCACCAUCAUAGAUGAAGAUAAAACAGCAUAUACACCUGUCCUGAACCAGUUCCCUCAAGAGCUGAACAUGGGAAAAAUCAGUGCUGAAAUCAUGUGGACUCUGUUUGCCCAGGACAUGAAAUAUGCUCUGGAAGAACAUGAAAAGCAGUGGUUAUGCAAAAGCACGGAUUAUAUGAAUUUGCACUUCAAAGUGAAAUGGUUUUAUAACGAAUAUGUGCGAGAACUCUCUGCUUUCAAGGAUGCGGUGCCUGAAUACUCUCUGUGGUUUGAACCAUUUGUCAUUCAGUGGCUGGAUGAAAAUGAGGAUGUCUCAAUGGAAUUUCUUCAUGGAGCACUAGAAAGAGACAAAAAGGACGGGUUUCAGCAAACAUCAGAUCAUGCCCUCUUCUCUUGUUCCGUGGUUGAUGUCUUCACACAGCUCAAUCAAAGUUUUGAGAUUAUUAGGAAACUGGAGUGUCCUAAUCCAGAAACACUAUCUCACUUAAUGAGAAGAUUUGCAAAGACUAUCAACAAAGUGCUCCUUCAGUAUGCUGCAAUUAUUUCAAGUUACUUCAGCUCAUAUUGUGAUAAAGAAAAUGUGCCCUGUAUCUUGAUGAACAACAUUCAGCAGUUAAGAGUCCAGCUUGAGAAAAUGUUUGAGUCCAUGGGAGGAAAGGAGAAGAAAGAAGGAGAGAGAUUCUCUUAUGAGUUGGAUCCUGAAGCUAGUGUUCUUCUAAAAGAACUUCAGGUGAAACUUAGCAACGUGUUGGAUGAACUCAGUGUAACAUACGCUGCAAGUUUCCAAUUGAUUAUUGAAGAUUGCAUAAGACAAAUGAGCAACGAAUUGAAUCAAAUGAGAGGAAAUGGGAAUGCAGCAGCCAACAAGAACAGUGCAGCCAUUGAUGCUGAGAUUGUGCUUCGGCCUCUCAUGGAUUUCCUGGACAAAACUUUAAGUGUCUCUGCGAAAAUCUGUGAGAAGACAGUUCUGAAACGGGUUUUAAAGGAGCUCUGGAAGUUAGUCUUGAACAAAAUAGAAAAACAAAUUGUGCUUCCACCACUGACGGACCAAACUGGGCCCCAGAUGAUAUUCAGUGCAGCCAAAGAUCUUGGACAACUGUCAAAACUCAAGGACCAUGUGAUUCGAGAGGAAGCCAGAAGCCUGACCCUGAGGCAGUGUGCAAUAAUGGAAGUGGCGCUAGCAACUAUAAAGCAAUACUUCCAUGCUGGAGGCAGUGGGCUGAAAAAGAAUUUCCUGGAAAAGAGCCCAGACCUACAGUCCUUGAAAUAUGCUUUGAGCCUUUACACACAAACUACUGAUGCCUUGAUAAAGAAGUUUAUAGACACUCAGACAUCUCAAAGUCAAACCAAUAAUAAUUCAGUGGGUGAGAUAUCUAUACAGGUGGAUAUCUCUACACAUCCUGGAACUGGUGAGCAUAAAGUCACUGUAAAAGUUGUGGCAAUUAAUAAUCUAAACUGGCAAACAACAGCUAUGUUCCGACCAUUUGUGGAAGUUUGCAUAUUGGGUCCUAACCUAAGUGACAAGAAAAGAAAACAUGGAACCAAGACAAAGAGCAACACUUGGUCUCCAAAAUACAACGAAACUUUCCAAUUCAUUCUGAGUAAUGAAGAUAAGCCAGGAGCCUACGAACUUCACCUCUCAGUGAAAGAUUACUGCUUUGCUCGGGAAGAUCGCAUUAUAGGAAUGACAGUUAUUCAGCUGCAAAACGUAGCAGAGAAAGGUAGCUGCGCAUCUUGGUACCCUUUGUUGAGAAACAUCUCUGUAGAUGAAACUGGGCUAACAAUUCUUAGAAUACUUUCUCAGAGGACCAAUGAUGAAGUUGCUAAAGAAUUUGUAAGACUUAAAUCAGAAACAAGAUCUCCUGAAGAAACAGCCUAAAAUACCCAAGUAAUGCAAGACUGUCGCCGCCAAGAGCAUAGAUACAAUGCUGUUGUCAGAAUAGUGCAUGCAUGAGCAAUUCUGUGAGAAUGUUUAACUAUGUUUUCAGUGUUUGCCAGUACUCAUGUACUAUAUUUACAAGAUAUAUCAAAGAGCUGUAUGUCUUUUGUACAUAUUUUGGUCUUUGGUAAAGUAUUUGUUCCAAUGAAGUGCCAAAACUAAGAUUAAGGGUAAAACAUUUCAUCAUAUGUUUUUAAAUGUUGAUUUCACCUCAUGACAAUUCCUUUAUUUUUUAAACAUUUAUUAAUUAAUAAAUAAUUAGCUUUUUUUAAUUGAUUAAUAGGUUGUUAAACUACUGUGUUGCUUAUUCUAAAUUAAGUUACCUCCCUUACUAUUAUUUAAAAUAGACGUACCUUUCUUCAGACCAUCAUUUUAUGCAAGCCUCAUUUUAAGUCUUACUGAUAACUUUUUCUAUCAAUCAAUCAUUACUACAGAUGCAGUUACUUAUAGAAAGUGUUUGUAAUUUUAUAAUUGCCAAUAUAAAGUAAUGACUUUUGCAUAAAAACUGAAAAAGGAUGGAAAUAUUUUAUGCUAAUCUUUUUCCAACCUUUCAUAAAUAUCACUGUGAAGAAAUGCUGUUAAAGCAAGUUCUCAAGAAGCUGUGUUUAUCAGAGUUUGUUACUGAUGUUUGAUAUCUUGAGAUAACUUUGUUCUUUAAAACUGCCAAGGUAAUAUCAUAUUUGUAUUAAAAGAGUAAGUCAGUAUCCGUAGAGAAAGACUGCUAUACAGUACAUGUGCUUUUAAAAAAUCAUUUUUUAAAUGAUUUGGUACUGUACAAGGGUUAGAAGUUUGGAAUUUGUAAUGCUGGUUUGUGGUUUGUUUCUAGAAAUUGUUGUGAAAAGAAAAGAUGCUGUUAGCAUUUUCACUCAGAGUUAGUGAUGUUGCUGUAUAUACUUAGCUGUAACAUCAGGUACGUGCUUUUUUUUUUUUAGAAAGGUUAAACAGUUUGUACUUACGCAGCAUUACUCUGUAUUGCACUAAAGCAAACUCUGUGUCCUGUAAAUAUACUUAGUGAGAAAUUGUAAAAUAAAGUAUGAAGAAACUG